CCAAGUCAGAGAAGGGGAAACAACGGCUCUCAGGUUGGGACAAUAUUAUCUGGAAGAUGAAGAAGAAACCGAACGCUCUUUCCCCCCCCUUUCUCCCACCCCUUUCGAUCGGAGGAAAGAAACCCCAAGGUCUGCAAAGGCACAGACGCCUCUUUCGCAGAUCCUACGUAGGUGGAACGGGACGCGUUGUGCUGUUGGGGAGAGAGAGAGAGAGAAAGCAGAAGGAGAAGAAGGAGGAAAAAAAGGUUGAUAGGUUUGUGCGCGGGUCCCUCGCGCGGGCUGCGCUCCUCCUGGGUGCUAUUUGACAAUUCCUGCCUCUGCCAUUGGUCAGUGUUGGAUCAGAUGGUUGUAUUUCCUUCUGGCCCUCACUGGCACCUCGCCAUCCCCCCUCAGCUAAAACCCAAUCUCAGAUAUACUACUAAUAGGCGCGGCGCUCGGACUAUAAAACACAACAAAUCAUAAACCCGGCGGAGCAGCAGCGGCCGCGCGCGCCUCCCCUCCCAAUGAGUUCCUAUUUCGUGAACUCCACCUUCCCCGUCACUCUGGCCAGCGGGCAGGAGUCCUUCCUGGGCCAGCUCCCGCUCUACUCGUCGGGCUAUGCGGACCCUCUGAGGCACUACCCCGCGCCCUACGGGCCCGGGCCCGGCCAGGACAAGGGCUUUGCUGCUUCCUCCUAUUACCCGCCGGCCGGCGGCGGCUACGGCCGGGCGGCGCCCUGCGACUACGGGCCGGCGCCGGCCUUCUACCGCGAGAAGGAGUCGGCCUGCGCGCUCUCGGGCGCCGACGAGCCGCCCCCGUUCCACCCGGAGCCGCGGAAGUCCGACUGCGCGCAGGACAAGAGCGUGUUCGGCGAGACCGAGGAGCAGAAGUGCUCCACCCCGGUCUACCCCUGGAUGCAGCGGAUGAAUUCAUGCAACAGUUCCUCCUUUGGGCCCAGCGGCCGGCGCGGCCGCCAGACCUACACGCGCUACCAGACGCUGGAGCUGGAAAAGGAGUUUCACUACAAUCGCUACCUGACGCGGCGGCGGCGCAUUGAGAUCGCGCACGCCCUGUGCCUGACGGAACGGCAGAUCAAGAUCUGGUUCCAGAACCGGCGCAUGAAGUGGAAAAAGGAGAGCAAACUGCUCAGCGCGUCUCAGCUCAGUGCCGAGGAGGAAGAAGAAAAACCGGCCGAAUGAAGGCGCUGGCAGGGGGCGGGGGUGACGCGAAGGGAGAGGCCUGCGGGGAACGGAGGGCAGCGGAGAGCUCCGGGGAAGGCUCUGCGGGCGGGGGAGCCUGGGGACCUGCUCUCCAGAGCGCGACAGGCGGGGCCCCGCGCUCUCCUGGACGCCCCCGCCCGCAGGGCGCUCGCUGGGCGCUGGGAGGCCGCGCUGCCUGAGCCCAGCCGGCACCCCAGCGCCGCCUCCACGCCCGCAGAACCGCCUCGGCCCGAACAGGCUCCCGCGGGAGAACUGAGGACCGGACUCACUUGAUGUUUCCUGGAAGCAGAGCAAAAUGCUCUUGUCCGUGUCGCGUCUCAUUUCGUCCAUGUCGCCCGUGCACGGUUCAAUGGUAAAUUCGCAGUCCCCUCAGCGGGGGCCUCGAAGACUCCCUGACCCCAGACCUCUCUCCCAGCCCCUCCCCAAAGCCACUGGAAGGAGCACAUACUACCUAGAAGUAAGAAGAGGAGCCUCAGAAGAAAACAAAGUUCUAUUUUAUUAAUUUUCUAUGUGUUGUGUUUGUAGUCGUGUCUUAGCUCUGGACGUGAAAUACUUCGGUAAUAAUAUUAAUAUUAUUAAUAAUGAUAAUAAUAAUAAAGACGUAAAACCUCGCUGCUCAGUCACCUCUGCUCCUCCCCUGCCACUCCCCCACCCCCUCCGCCACCCCUGCGUCCCGGUGCCGGAAACUCUGCAGCGAAGGCCGGAGCUCUGGUCGGCCCCAGAGGGCCAGACGCGACUCGGAAGUUCCAGUUGAGAUAAAGGCUGCAGCGGUCCGGCCCAGGCUCCAACGCCGCGCCUCGCCGGUGCUGAGGCUCACAACGGCCUCUUCUGGUGCAGAACUGGGGGACGGAGAAGAGUCGUUCCCCUAUUAUUCUCUAGCUUUUCUUCGUUUGUCCGUGGCUGGAGGGAACGCCACCGAGGCCCCCUAGCCGGGAGCUCCUGCAGAGACUGAGCCAGGCGGGUCUCAGUGCCUCAGCGCUGGGUUCUGUCCGCAGGAUCCCUGAGGCCGGUGAUCUUUGGCCUGCCCACAUGGCCUGAUUUCCGCCGGCCUUGGCCCUCGGCUCCUGGCCUAAAUUGGGGCCACCGGGUGUCUGUCUCCCUGCCCACAGCUGCAGUCUCCAGGCGUCCCUUCCUGCCUCAAGUAGUGGCUCAGCGGCAAGUAGGGGGAUGUGAAGCCGCCGGCAGGCGCCUGGGCGAAGGGCAAGACUUUCCCCUGCUCUUUGGAGACCUGAGGGCAGGAAGCCAGGUGAUGGGGCAGUUUGGUUACAUCCCAUCA